AUGAAUUUAUCUAAUGCAUCCUCUUCAAGUGUGAAAUUUUAGAGUGCUAAACAAUAACAAUAGGAAUCAAUUAAGAUUAAAGAAUAAUAGGAUUAAACAAUAAAUUCUGAAGGGGACCUAGAAUCUGAAUUUAAUUAGGAUGAAAUAUAUUAAAUAUAACAGAACAUUCAAAAGAGCUAAAAAUUUGAAACAUCUGAAUAGGAAGUCAUAUCUAUUGAGGCUAAAAAGGAAAUAACAUAAGUUGAAUAAUUGAAUACAGAAAUGUAAGAAGAGAAACCUUUAACUUUGAAUUUUGUAAGUAUGUCUUCAAAUCAAAGAAAUAAUCUUUAGACUUAUAAAUCAACAAAUAGAAAACUUAUUCCAAUAAAUUAACAUAGUUUAAGUUAAUCAAUUAUAUCAAAUAUAACUUUAAAUAAUAAAGGAAAAGGAUUUCGUAAAAUAAAUGCAUUCUAUUAUGAUAGAAUAGGAGAUUAAAUGAGUUUGAUAUUUAUGGAAAACAAGAAUAUAAUAAAGUUUUUAGCAAGAGAGACUGUAAUUCCUAUUUUAAUAUCAUUUGUUAUUGAAGUGUUAAUUUUAGUUGUUUAGAAUGAGAUUGGUGAAUAUUGUUUUAUUGAUGGGAUUGUUUGUUCUAAUUAUUGGGUUAGAUUAUGGUCAUUUUUCAAAUAAUUGAUUGUAAGAUUAUCAUUAAUAAUAAACAGCUUUUUAAAUUAGGGAUAGUAUUUUGCAAAGGUCAUAUAUUGUACAAAUUGGUAUUAGGAAAUAAGUUAAUACAAGUAAAGAAUGGAAGACCUUUAAUUGAAUAUUUUGUUUUAAUAAUAAUGACAGUCUUAACAGAUUUUAUAAUGAUAUUUUGGGUUGGAUUCAAUGAAGAUUGGCUAUUUAUAGUUUAUGUCUAUAUAAUUGGUUUUGUUGUAUUUUUCAAUACAUUUAGAAUGAAGACAUGGCCAAGUUAAUUUUUAAAAGGUUUAAGUUAUUUCUUAUAUGAUAUAACAAUAAUUGGUUUGUUAUUGGUAUGUUUUAAACUAUUGCCUUAAAUAAAAUAAUCUUUAAGAGAUCAUAAUUCUGUGGCAUGGCAUGAAUAUUAUAUGUUUUUAUAUGCAUUUUUAGAUUUGGGAAUGGAAAUCAUUAUGGAUUUAUCAUUAUCAUUAACAAAAUAUAGUGAAUUAUAUAUUUAUUAAGGUUAAUUGUUGAUAAUAGGUACAAGAGUAGGAACAUUAAUUUAAGGAGACAUGGCAAGAUUUGAUUAUUGGUUUUGCUUGUUUUUUUUGAUAAUAUUUAGAAUUAAUAAUAUAUCAAUUGUAUUUACAGUAUUUUUUAGAAGAGUGAUAUAUUAUGCAACUCCAGAUAGUUUGAAACCAUUUGUAUCAAUGGAAGAGACAAAUUUAACAAGAAAAGGUAAAAAUGGAGCAUAUUGGGAACAUUUAUUUUGGAUUGUCUAUUUUUAUAUGUUUAUAUUUUCAGGAAGAACUUUAACUCAUUGGAUUUUUGAUAAAUCUUAUAUAUUAAAUGGGAAAUUUGAAACUAAUAUAUGGGAUGGAUAUGAUAAAUCAAAUUAUAUGCCUAUUAUUGUAUGGACAUUUUUAUUGAUACCUGAAUUUGUAGGAUAUAAAUUGAAUAAAUCUAAGAAUUAUGAUAACAUAAAAUUGUUAGGAGGGAAUAAAUUAAAAUUUUAUGAAAAUCUAUUCAUAAGAAUAUUUGGAGUAUAUUUAUUCAAUUUUGCAUUGAUGAGUAAUUUAAUUUGA